UUGGAGCCAGAAACAGUGAAACAGCGCAGGGCGGUGGAAUUCUGUCGUUUCUCUGGGCGCAUUGAAAACAACCUUGUUCCUCGCGCAGGUGAAACUCAGCUGCGGAAGAAUCCACGUCUGAACAAGUGAACUUGAGAAGUUCUUGUGAUGGCAGCGAGAGUCGGUCUGUCCAUGAAUCCGCCGCACGCGACAGAGGAAAGGGCGGUUUUCACGCAGCUGAAGCCGGUGAGGAUGUCGGGAGCGGAAGGCGCCGAGGACGCGUCCGUGUUUGAGGACGUCAAACCCGGGAUUCGACUGGAGUUGGACAAAUACCUCCCACAGAUCAACGGUCCUCUCUUGAACCCCUCGACUGUCUGCGGUGACAAAAAGUACCGACGAGAGAGCGCCUCCGUGGUGGAUGAGUUCUUCUCAGAGGAGAAACCCGCCCCUUACAGCCUCAACAUCAACGUCAUCCUCCCCAGCACCACCCACCUCCGCACAGGCCUCUACAGGCCCAACACUAAGACCCUCACGCCCCAGCAGAUCAAGAUAGAACCGGGCCUGGAGGUGCCCUGCUCCAUCUCCACCUCCACCACCCAGGCCCUGCCAGACUUCACCUCCGUCUUCAGCGUGCCGCCUGUGGUCAACAACGUUUUCAUCAAACCGGACAUGAGCUCUGGAGGAGUGGUCAGUGUGGCCGCGGGAUCUCAGCAGCAGCCAAGUUUGGACACAGAGCUUCACAUCGGCCCCCCGGCCCCCCAGUCGCAGGUCUACCAGAUGCCCAUCACCAGCUGCGCCGACCUCACGCUGUCGCACAACUCCCCGUCGACCCACGGCUCCGCAAGCAGCAGGACCAUGCUGAGCCUCGGAGGCGUCGCGUUGCCGACAUCCAAUGGCCACUACAUGAUGCAGGAACACCAACUCCCGCAGCACCACGGCUACUACCAGGCCACUCCCAACGCAUCCCAGCACACAGCGCCACACAGCCUGCCGCCCUCACCCCCAAACUCCCAGCCCGGGAGCCCCGAUGGCCAGGCGGAGCUGCUCGGCUUAGCGUCCCUACCUCCACCUCCGUACCAGCAGCGUCUCGGGGGGACAAAGGUGACAGGGUUGUCCCCUCACGCUCUGCUGAUGACACACGGCCAGGGCGUCCUGACAGGCCCCAAAUAUAACAGACGGAACAACCCAGAGCUGGAGAAGAGGAGGAUCCACUUCUGUGACUACCCAGGCUGCAGCAAAGUUUACACAAAGAGUUCUCAUCUGAAGGCUCAUCAGCGGACACACACAGGUGAGAGAUCUGUCAAAUAG